AUGUAUCACACAGUCCUCUCUGUUUGCCUUCUGGCAUUGGUUUUUCUAGUGACCAAGGGUCAAGAUUUGCCUGUCCUUGCCACCUCCGCCUCCGGCUGCCUUUACCAUGGGAAACAUUACCCUCUUGGACCAUUUAAGCCCUCAGCAUGUGAACCUUGUCAUUGCACGUCCUCUGGUCAAGCAUACUGUGCCAUUGUAGACUGCUUUUAUGGCGGUUGUGUCGAUGCUGUUCAUGAUCCGGAUCAUUGCUGCCCAGUAUGUCCAAAUGGAAGAAACUGCCAGGCCCCGGACGGCACAAUAAUAAAGCAUGGUGAUACAUAUUCUACCGCUGAUAUGACGUGUCACUGCUCUGCGCAUUCAUUUGGUGGGACAAGGGCAGAAUGUGCCCUUAAGUUAGAGCCAAUCAAGAUUGUGGAUCCGCUCCCAGUGGUUAGCUAGACUGCGGAAACCAAUAAAAAG